AUGGGAAAAUCUGGAGAACGAGGACCUGAAGGAGAACCUGGUAUUAAGGGGUUUCAAGGUGAUUUGGGUAGCAGAGGACAGGACGGCAAUCCUGGAUCACCGGGAACGGUUGGUGAAAAUGGAAUAAAUGGAGAUUCUGGACCUCUAGGACCUAAAGGACUUCCUGGGAAAACAGGAUCUAGUGGUUUCCAAGGUCCUGUAGGGAAGAAUGGAGAACCUGGCAGCAGAGGGAUGAAUGGAACACCGGGAAAACCAGGAGAGAAAGGGGUUGAAGGUAAUAAAGGCGCCAGUGGACCUGCAGGCAGUGAAGGACUAAAGGGUAAGAGAGGAGAGGAAGGACCAAGAGGAAAAGAAGGACCCUCUGGUGAGAUGGGGAUGACUGGACCACAGGGAUACAGAGGACCUCCAGGUAUCCAGGGUAAAAUAGGACCAUGGGGGGACGUUGGACCUCGAGGUCUUCCAGGUGAUCCGGGGCCACGGGGACCAGUGGGCCCUCCUGGAGUUCCAGGUUACCCUGGUAAAGACGGAACUCAAGGACCAAAUGGAUCAGCUGGUGUUAAAGGAGAGAAGGGAUCCAGAGGAGCUUCAGGGCAGCAGGGAGUCGCUGGUCUCGAUGGUGAGGAGGGUCCAGCUGGACUGAAGGGAGCUGAAGGAGCAGUCGGUCAAAAAGGAAAACCUGGCGAUAAAGGAAAACCUGGAUCUGCUGGAUUUAAAGGACCAAAAGGAGCUGAAGGUGAACGAGGAAACCGAGGACCACGAGGACCAGCCGGAGCACCAGGAAAACACGGUUACAGAGGUUCACCAGGAGACAGAGGAAAACAAGGAGUCCCAGGACUAAAGGUCUGUCAGUCACCCAGAAACAGAAGCCAUGAUGAAGGACUGAACCUGACAGUGUGUGUGAUGGUGAUGAAUCCACAGGGUGAGCUCGGUACCAGGGGCCCAUCAGGACCGUUUGGACCGUUUGGAACUGGAGGAAACACCGGAGCAGCAGGAGGCAAAGGACAGAAGGGGCUCGGUGGACAGACUGUCAGUAACACAGUGGGGCUAUCUGGUUAUUAAUGCCGCCAAAUAUGUCCGUUCUUACAUCAUUUUAAAAGCACACACCCUCUGUCAAAAGUUUUGA